AUGGAUAUCCAGCUCAUUGACAACACAGCGCCUGCCGAGCGCCCCGCAGACAAUGCACCCUUCACCAGGACGACUACGACAACUAGUGCAGGCUCAAGAUUAUGGAGUCGUCCGUCAAUUCGAGCGGAGCGAACAAGACGCAAAUAUGCAAAAUGGCAGCCGGAUCGGCUAGGGGUUGCGGAUGAUAGUGCAACUGAAGGUGAACAACUGUCAUCGGACGAGAGGGAGCUGGUGCGAACCGAUACAAAUGGAAACACCCUGACCAAUGUCAGCACUGUCCAGGAAAGUAGCAACGACAAUGGCUACCAGUUCGAUUCGCAAACCUCUGAGCAACUUGCAGGACCAGUACAACAGCACGACUUCGCUGGCGCCGGCGCCGGCGCCAGCACCAGAACGACACAUUCGUCUAAGAAUCAGCACAAGAUCUGUGGGCUCAAGCCUGGGAAUGAGCUAGAUAUUCUCUACGAGAAUCAGCGAGGGUGGUUCUUCUUCGGUAUUCCCCUUUAUUCAGAUCGAUCUCUCUUGAACCUCGACCCGGGCCCCUGGAUAAACGGGGAUGGUAAACGGAGCAUCGUCAACAUAACAAAUGCUCAAGUCCCUGAUCCUAGCUGGGAAUGGGCGUGGAGGACUUGGUACGUGGAUAUGUCUGGUGAUGUCGACGAGCAGGGCUGGCAAUAUGCGUUCUCGUUCACGUCAUCAUCAUGGCACGGGACUCAUCCUUUCUUCCACUCGUUUGUACGUCGCCGUCGAUGGGUCCGGCUGCGUGUCAAACGCGCAUCUGAGCGGAAUAGACGAAGCCGCACGGGGCUGGAAAUGGCGCAUAUGUUGAACGCGGAUUACUUUACAAUCCACUCUGCUGUGAAGCCAAAAAGAGCUUCUACUUCAGAGCGUGCGUCUAGGGCAACGUCUGUGAACUUGGGCCGGGCCUCUGCGGGGAUUGAAGCGGAGGUAUUUUUGGAGGAGAUUAGGAAUAUUCCGAAUCUGAUGUAUGCGCUGAAAGCCGCAAUUGUGGAUCGAGAGAAGCUUGAUGCUGUCAAGAAGUUUGUCAAGGAUGGGGGGGACGAGCUUUACUACCUAGAUGAGGCGAUCCCCGAAAUCAUGGCCAGAUUAGUUUACCAAGCCUCUCGGUGGCAACUUCUCACAUACCUUCAGAACAGCAUCCAAGAACUGCACCAAAAAGAGCACCAGCAAGCUGAAGGAGACAAGAAGGAGAUUGAGGACCUUAAACGCAAGCAGGAAUAUCUUUCGAAGGCGGCUGGGACGGCUCGGCAUCACCUCCUCGGCCCUGGAGUGCUCCAAGAAACAUCCAUAUCCCGCGAACGGAUUUCAGUCUCAGAUACGGCGGAUCUUACGCCGGGAGACAGAAGGGACAGCCUUCUAUCUCGAGUAUCCGGAAGAUACUCUUUUGAACAGAUGGACAAUGGAGGGGAGAUCAAGGGAAUUCCACCCAAGGCAGAAAUUGGGCAUGACGUUCAUAUUUAUUGA